UUACAUGACUACAGAUGCCUCUUCUUAUAGCGAAGACAACGCCGCUCGAAUGGAAACACCGAUUAUAAUGCCCUCACCCGCGAUAUGCGUCUCAUUUUGGUAUUACAUGUACGGUGACAGCAGUGAGAAAGGAUUCGGAUCAUUAAAUGUUCACAAAUUGGACGUAGAUUCAAACUUGACAACAAACUAUAGCCGGUUGGUGCAUUUGCUCGAUAAGCCUAACCUUAGCAAUAAUUGGAGUGAAGUGAGAUUUGAUGCCACAGGGUCAGAGCAAGAAUUCCGGAUUGUAUUCGAAGCAAUACAAGUCAGUUCGAAGUCUGAUAUCGCUAUUGAUGACGUCACGAUUGUCAAGAAUUCAUGCCAUGGUUCAACAGCUCGUACCAGGUUACCGAUGGAAACAUCAAUAAAUACAGAAAUAUUAAGUUCUAAACCAUCGAAAGCAUUGCUCAUCCUGGACCCUAAAGUUAUCACCAUAGUACUAGCGUGCGGAUUGUCGUUUUGGGGCGUUAUAUUCAGCCUGGUUAUCAUCAACUUGUGGCGGUCACAUCACCUACGUAAAAAAGUGUUAUUCGACCAACUUGAGGGGCCUGAUGGUAAUGAACUUGAAAAUAAUAACAUUUAUAAGAGAUAUGAAUCAUCUCUUGAUCUAACUCCGGAUAAUUUGAGUGUCAAAGAUAUUGAUAAUGAGUACAUCAGUGUAAAAAGUCAAAUGAAAGGUCUAGUUGUUGAAUUGAUGCCUAAAGCUUCUGUGAAGAAAGCUACAUUUAUUGGCGAUGUUUGCAUGUCAAAUAUGAACCCGGGCGUGGGGAAGGACGACAGACGACGCUCCAGAUUAGUUACAAUUAAUGAUCAGAGUGCACUCAACGAGAUUGAUACAUCAUUGUAGCGAUUUUUUCAUUAAUUCGACGAAGUUCCAAAAAAAAAAUUACUUUGUGUUUUCUGUCCAAUCCUUGGCCGAGGAAAAUUCAAAUAGGGCCUACGGCGUGCAAUAUUUACACCAUGUUUACACAUAGGCCUACUAUUAUAAUAGGCUAUUAAAUAAUUAAUUAGAUCCGAUAACACAUCAUUUUGCCUAAACCUUGUAAGUCCUGUCUUAUAAUAGAACACACAAUGCCCAAACAUGUAGAAAGAAGCUGUAAUUUCUUUGUGAUAAUUAUUACUUGGUCCAUUAUUGUCGACCACCUGCCCAUAGAACCGUGUGAUGAAAUUAAAGUAUAGGCAUACAGCAAUUCAUCUAUGUUAACCCUUGCGCCGCCUGAACAAUAUUAUGUAAUUACAUUUUUUAAGUCAGUGUAUCUGACCUAGCCGGUCUGGUAGGCCUAGGCCUAUAUCCUUGUAUUUUCGUGAUGAUAUGAUUGAGGUCUAUAUUGUGCACUUUUUCAGAAAAUAGGCCUAGGCCUACUGUUCCCAUUAAACUUACGUAUGGUUUAUUUGUAAAGUAUCUAAACCAGAGAGAUGUAUAUCUAAAAUAAAAUUCUGAAAUUUGUUGUAUGUAUAUUUUCCCAAUCCACACAUAGGCCUACUCGGUAGAAAAAGAUAAAGAUCACGAAAGUCGGGAAAAACACAUUGAAGUGGUGUAAAAGUAUAGUUCACUCUAGUUAUUAUUAUUAUUAUUAUUAUUAUUAUUAUUAUUAUUAUUAUUAUUAUUAUUAUUAUUAUUAUUAUUAUUAUUAUUAUUAUUAAUAUUAUUAUUAUUAAUAUUGUUAUUGUUAUCAUUAUUAUUUUUAUUAUUAUUAUAUUUACUAGGCCCACUACUCUAUUAUAUUCAGAUUUCCCUCCAAUGAAAGACCACUUUGGACUGGGGUUUUUAUGGUUUUUGCAUCUUUGGUCUCUAAU